CCCCUGGCCGGCGAGCACCGCCUCCCCACCCGCCCUCCCCCGCCGCUCGCGCCGCCCGCCCCGCAGCCUCGCCCUCCGCCACGAUGAGCAAAUGAGCGCGAGUGAGGGCAUGAAAUUUAAAUUCCACUCAGGGGAGAAAGUGCUGUGCUUCGAGCCUGACCCCACCAAGGCGCGAGUGCUGUACGAUGCCAAGAUCGUCGAUGUUAUUGUUGGCAAAGACGAAAAAGGCAGAAAGAUUCCAGAAUAUUUGAUCCAUUUUAAUGGUUGGAACAGAAGCUGGGAUAGAUGGGCAGCUGAAGAUCACGUCCUUUGUGAUACUGAUGAAAAUCGUCGAUUACAGCGUAAAUUGGCAAGAAAAGCAGUAGCUCGUCUAAGAAGCACAGGAAGAAAGAAGAAGCGCUGCCGGUUGCCCGGCGUGGAUUCUGUCUUAAAAAGUCUCCCUGUUGAAGAAAAAGAUGAAAAUGAUGAAAACUCAAUAAACAGUUCCUCUGAUGACAGUGGUGAAGGGAAGAAUGAAGAAAUAAGUGAAGAGAGUGACAUUGAAGGAAAGACUAACGUGAAAGGAGAAUUGGAACUGCAAACAAAAAAGGAAAUGGAUGAAAGAUCAAUAACUAUAGAUAUCCCUGAAGUGCUGAAGAAGCAGCUUGAGGAUGAUUGUUACUAUAUCAACCGGAGGAAACGGUUAGUAAAACUUCCAUGCCAGACCAACAUCAUAACCAUCUUGGAAUCCUAUGUGAAGCAUUUUGCUAUCAAUGCAGCCUUUUCAGCCAAUGAGAGACCUCGUCACCAUCACGCUAUGGUUCAUGCUCAUAUGAAUGUGCAUUAUAUCCCAGCAGAAAAGAAUGUUGACCUUUGUAAGGAGAUGGUGGAUGGAUUAAGAAUAACUUUUGAUUAUACACUCCCAUUGGUUUUACUCUACCCAUAUGAACAAGCUCAGUAUAAAAAGGUGACUUCGUCUAAAUUUUUUCUUCCAAUUAAGGAAAGUACCACAAACACUACUAGGAGCCAGGAAGAGCUCUCUCCCAGCCCACCUCUGUUGAAUCCAUCCACACCCCAGUCCACAGAGAGCCAGCCAGCUACUGGUGAACCAGCUACUCCCAAGCGACGCAAAGCUGAGCCGGAAGCAUUGCAAUCUCUGAGGCGGUCUACGCGCCACAGCACCAACUGCGACCGGCUGUCUGAGAGCAGCGCAUCUCCUCAACCCAAGCGUCGGCAGCAGGACACAUCCACCAGCAUGCCCAAGUUGUUCCUGCACCUGGAAAAGAAGACUCCUGUGCAUAGCAGAUCAUCAUCCCCCAUUCCGCUUACUCCAAGUAAGGAAGGGACUGCUGUGUUUGCUGGCUUUGAAGGGAGAAGAACUAAUGAAAUAAACGAGGUCCUUUCCUGGAAGCUUGUGCCCGAAAAUUAUCCACCAGGUGACCAGCCACCUCCGCCCUCUUACAUUUAUGGGGCACAACAUUUGCUACGAUUGUUCGUAAAACUUCCAGAAAUCCUUGGGAAGAUGUCCUUUUCUGAGAAGAAUCUCAAGGCUUUACUGAAGCACUUUGAUCUCUUUCUGAGGUUUUUAGCAGAAUACCACGAUGACUUCUUCCCAGAGUCGGCUUACGUGGCUGCCUGUGAGGCACACUACAGCACCAAGAACCCCAGAGCAAUUUAUUAAAGUUUUCCUAGUUCUCUAA